GGCGAGCUGCGGAAGGGGAGGGGGUUAGAGGCGAUUGGCUGCGGCGACGGCGGCAGCUCCUCUCCGAGCCCGGAGCGGCGGCAGCGCGGAGCGGACCCGCCUGGGACCAGCGACGAGAGGCGGUUGCGGCGGGUUUUAAAAUUGUGAAAUCAUGGCUCAUUCAAAGACGAGAGCCAAUGAUGGGAAAAUCACAUAUCCUCCAGGAGUCAAAGAAAUCUCUGAUAAAAUAUCUAAAGAAGAGAUGGUGAGAAGGCUAAAGAUGGUUGUGAAAACUUUCAUGGAUAUGGACCAGGACUCUGAAGAAGAAAAGGAGCUGUACCUAAAUCUUGCUUUACAUCUUGCUUCAGAUUUUUUCCUCAAGCAUCCUGACAAAGACGUGCGUUUGCUGGUAGCCUGUUGCCUUGCUGAUAUUUUCAGAAUUUAUGCCCCCGAAGCUCCAUACACUUCACCAGACAAACUAAAGGAUAUAUUUAUGUUCAUAACAAGGCAACUUAAGGGUUUAGAAGAUACGAAAAGCCCCCAAUUCAAUCGAUAUUUUUAUUUACUUGAGAACAUUGCUUGGGUGAAGUCUUAUAACAUAUGUUUUGAGUUAGAAGACAGCAAUGAGAUUUUCACACAGCUGUACAGGACACUGUUUUCAGUAAUAAACAAUGGACAUAACCAAAAAGUACAUAUGCACAUGGUUGAUCUAAUGAGCUCUAUCAUUUGUGAGGGAGAUACUGUGUCACAGGAGCUGUUGGAUACAGUGUUAGUUAACCUAGUGCCAGCACAUAAGAAUUUAAACAAACAAGCCUACGACUUGGCAAAGGCUUUGCUUAAGAGGACAGCACAAGCAAUUGAACCAUACAUUACAAAUUUCUUCAAUCAGGUUCUGAUGCUUGGGAAGACAUCAAUUAGUGACCUGUCAGAGCAUGUGUUUGACUUGAUUCUGGAGUUAUACAAUAUUGACAGUCAUCUCUUGCUUUCUGUUCUACCCCAGCUUGAAUUCAAACUUAAGAGCAAUGACAAUGAAGAACGCCUGCAGGUUGUAAAACUUCUAGCAAAAAUGUUUGGGGCGAAGGAUUCAGAAUUGGCAUCUCAGAACAAACCCCUGUGGCAGUGCUACUUGGGGAGGUUUAAUGAUAUCCAUGUACCUAUUCGUCUUGAAUGUGUGAAAUUUGCAAGUCACUGCCUUAUGAACCAUCCCGACCUAGCAAAAGACUUAACAGAGUAUCUUAAAGUAAGGUCCCAUGAUCCUGAAGAGGCGAUAAGGCAUGAUGUUAUUGUAUCCAUAGUUACUGCUGCUAAAAAAGAUCUUCUGCUUGUCAAUGAUCACCUGCUUAAUUUUGUCAGAGAACGAACGCUGGACAAGCGGUGGAGAGUGAGGAAAGAAGCUAUGAUGGGACUUGCACAGAUAUACAAGAAAUAUUCGUUACAGUCAGAAGCAGGAAAAGAAGCUGCAAAACAGAUAUCAUGGAUCAAAGAUAAACUUCUGCAUAUAUAUUAUCAAAACAGUAUUGAUGACCGAUUACUUGUUGAACGCAUCUUUGCUCAGUACAUGGUCCCUCACAACUUGGAAACAAAUGAACGAAUGAAAUGUUUGUAUUACCUUUACGCAACACUGGAUUCAAAUGCUGUGAAAGCAUUGAAUGAAAUGUGGAAAUGUCAGAAUCUGCUACGACAUCAAGUAAAAGAUUUGGUUGACCUAAUAAAACAACCAAAAACAGAUGCCAGCAGUAAAGCUAUAUUCUCAAAAGUGAUGGUAAUAACAAGAAACCUUCCUGAUCCAGGAAAAGCUCAGGAUUUCAUGAAGAAGUUCACACAAGUUCUAGAAGAUGAUGAAAAAAUAAGAAGCCAAUUAGAAAUGCUUGUUAGCCCAACAUGUUCGUGCAAACAGGCUGAGGGAUGUGUGAGGGAAAUUACAAAGAAGUUGGGCAACCCAAAACAACCAACAAAUCCUUUCUUGGAGAUGAUUAAGUUUCUUCUUGAGAGAAUUGCUCCUGUGCACAUUGAUACUGAAUCCAUCAGUGCCCUUAUCAAGCAAGUAAACAAAUCUAUAGAUGGAACAGCUGAUGAUGAAGAUGAGGGUGUGCCUACUGACCAAGCAAUCAGAGCAGGUCUUGAGUUGCUUAAGGUACUUUCAUUUACACAUCCUAUCUCGUUCCAUUCAGCUGAAACUUUUGAAUCUCUUCUGGCUUGCUUGAAAAUGGAUGAUGAAAAAGUGGCAGAAGCUGCAUUACAAAUUUUCAAAAAUACAGGAAGUAAAAUUGAAGAAGACUUUCCUCAUAUAAGAUCUGCUUUGCUUCCAGUGUUGCAUCAUAAAGCCAAAAAAGGACCUCCUCGUCAAGCCAAGUAUGCUAUUCACUGCAUCAAUGCAAUAUUUUCUAGCAAAGAGACACAGUUUGCACAGAUAUUUGAGCCACUGCAUAAAAGUCUGGAUCCAAGCAAUUUUGAGCAUCUCAUUACACCACUGGUUACUAUUGGCCAUAUAGCCAUGCUAGCACCUGAUCAGUUUGCUGCCCCUUUGAAAUCUUUGGUUGCCACUUUUAUUGUUAAAGAUUUGCUAAUGAAUGACAGGCUUCCAGGAAAAAAGACAACAAAACUUUGGGUCCCAGAUGAAGAAGUGUCUCCUGAAACACUAGUCAAAAUUCAGGCCAUCAAGAUGAUGGUUCGAUGGUUGCUAGGAAUGAAGAACAAUCACAGUAAAUCAGGAACUUCUACUCUAAGAUUGCUAACAACAAUAUUACACAGUGAUGGAGAUUUGACAGAGCAGGGGAAAAUUAGUAAACCUGAUAUGUCUCGAUUGAGGUUGGCUGCAGGUAGUGCUAUUGUGAAGCUGGCACAAGAACCCUGUUACCAUGAAAUCAUCACCUUGGAACAGUACCAGCUGUGUGCACUAGCCAUAAAUGAUGAAUGUUACCAAGUGAGACAAAUAUUUGCUCAGAAACUUCACAAAGGGCUUUCUAGACUACGGCUGCCACUAGAAUAUAUGGCUAUUUGUGCACUGUGUGCAAAAGAUCCAGUGAAAGAGAGAAGAGCUCACGCCAGGCAGUGCCUUGUGAAGAACAUAAAUGUCAGAAGGGAGUAUCUGAAGCAACAUGCAGCAGUUAGUGAGAAACUGUUGUCGCUUCUACCAGAGUAUGUUGUUCCUUACACAAUACAUCUUCUAGCUCAUGACCCAGAUUAUGUCAAAGUCCAGGACAUCGAGCAACUAAAGGACAUUAAAGAGUGUUUGUGGUUCAUACUGGAAAUAUUGAUGGCUAAAAAUGAGAACAACAGUCAUGCAUUUAUCAGAAAAAUGGUAGAAAAUAUUAAGCAGACUAAAGAUGCUCAAGGACCAGAUGAUGCAAAAAUGAAUGAAAAACUCUACACAGUCUGUGAUGUAGCAAUGAAUAUCAUUAUGUCAAAGAGUACAACAUACAGUUUGGAAUCCCCUAAAGAUCCUGUACUUCCAGCACGAUAUUUUACUCAACCUGACAAGAAUUUUAGUAACACCAAAAAUUAUCUUCCUCCAGAAAUGAAGUCAUUUUUCACUCCUGGAAAGCCCAAAGCAGCCAAUGUUCUUGGAGCGGUUAACAAGCCUCUUUCGUCAGCAGGCAAGCAGUCUCAAUCCAAAUCUUCACGAAUGGAAACUGUAAGCAAUGCCAGCAGCAGUUCAAAUCCAAGCUCUCCAGGAAGGAUCAAAGGGAGGCUUGAUAGCACUGAAAUGGACCACAGUGAAAAUGAAGACUUCACACUGAGUUCACCAUUACCAGGGAAGAAAACUGAUAAAAGGGACGACUCUGAUCUUGUAAGGUCAGAACUUGAGAAGCCUAGAGGAAGGAAGAAACCAGCUAUCACAGACUCAGAAGAGAAGCUAAGCAUAGAUGACCUAAAUAAACUGGGACAAGAGCAGAAGCUCAGAGGCAGUCAGCGGGGAAGGAAGAGACCUGCAGUUGUUUCAGAGUCUGAUGAAACACAAUGGCAAGAGGAAAAAAGGCUAAAAGAAGAUGUAAUAGAAAGUGAGGAUGAACAGAACAGUCCGCCAAAGAAAGGGAGAAGAGGACGGCCUCCCAAACCAAAUAAUGGGGGAACACCAAAGGAAGAGCCAGCAGCAAAGUCAUCAAAAAGGAGCAAAAAAAAACAAACGUCAGCAGCAGCAGUAGAGGAGGAGGAAGAGGAAGAAGAAAGGCAGACUGAAAACAUUGAACAAAAGCCAAAAGGCAGGCAAAACAGGUCGACAAAAAGAGCUCAGCAGAGAGCAGAGCCAUCUGAAUCUAGUACAGUUGAAUCAGCACAGUCUACGCCACAGAACAGACGAGGAAGGUCAUCAAAAACACCACCAUCACAGCAAAAAAAAGUCCGUGCGGGACGUUCCAAACAAGCAGCUAGUAAGGAGAAUGAAUCCAGUGAAGAGAUGGAUGUAUUUCAGAGUAGUUCACCUGUCAGUGAUGAUGUUCCCCAGGAAGAAGUAAUGGAAGAAGAGGAAGUUUCCACAAUCAAUGUGCGUCGCAGAACUUCCAAAAGGGAAAGGCGAUGAGUGAGCAUGUAGUUGUCAGCCUUCCAGGUGAAAGCUUUGAAGAAUGCUUUUAAUAUAAAGCUUGAGACUGAACAAAGCUGUUAGUGCACAAAUGGGGUUGCUAAAAAAAAAAAAAGACAAAACCUAUUUUACUCUUACUGCCCCUGCAUUUGCAGUCCCUAGGUCACAAGCUUUAGCCACACACACGUUGAUAUCAUUAACUGUGGAUUUUUGUGAAGUGUAAUGUGCGCUGGCUUUGUAGACAUAUGAACUAAAGAAGAAAACUGUAAAUAGUUUUUUUAAUGUUUCUGACUUCUAAAGUGCUUGUAUAGCUUUUAUCUGCAGCUUUAAACUGACAGUGCCCCACUGUUUAUUGGAUCUAUUGAUUUAAGAAUGAUCUCAAGCAAUAUCUGUCAGUGUUCGUAUUUGUACUCUUGUUGACAUUUAACUGUGAAAAAAAAAUCAGUUGAACAAAUAGUGCUACUUUCUUUUGCCACUAUUUGUUGAGAAGAAAUGCAAUGAUGUUUGUUUGCUUUGUGAAUCUGACCUGGUGUUUACCUGUAGGCACCUACCUACCAUCAGAGGUGCUAAAUCACUUUCUUUUACAGUUGAACAAUGUUGGAUAGAAUAACACAAGAGAUGCAAAUUGUGAAAGUUGUUUGACUUGUUUUACACCUCAGUAUUGAUGCCAGACUUUUCUGGACUUCUAGUGGCAUUGAAAAAAAUUCAAGAAAGAUUUAAAAUAUUAUAAUUUUAAAAGUGUGUUAUUAAAUAAUGUACUGAAGCCCUACCCAUUUUAUCUUCCCCAUCAGUUUUUAUUAAUCUACUGUAUCAAUAAAAUUCUGUAACUGAGUUUUUAAGUCUAGUAUGUUAAUGUGUAUAGAUAUUUCCUUCUGAACGUGACGUUCACAAAGAGCAAAUUAUUACUACAUUAUAAUAUGAAAUCUGAUAUAUAAACAUUAGUGAAAAUACAGUUCUUAUUACAAUGUAAAGUUAAUCACAAAGAAAAUUUUAUUGAUGCAGUGUGUCUUUAUAAAGCUGUUCUUGAGA